AUGGAGUAUCGCCCCAGAUUCAGAUACUGGCUCCCAGAUGCAGAUGUCGACCACGAUAUUCUCAAAAACGACAUUCAGGACCUCAAGAAACUAGGCGCCGGCGGUCUAGAAUUUGUCCCAUUUUACAACUACGGCUUCGGCGGCGUGAACGAUUCCAAACUAGAAACCUAUGCCUUUGGUAGCCCUGCAUUCAAGAAUGUUCUGCAAAUUGCGCUUGAAGCUACCAAGGCGAAUGGCUUGUCGAUUGAUGUGGCCCUCGGUGCUAGCCAAGGUCAAGGUGUUCCCUCGAAGCCACUCACCCCUGGUCUUGCCGUGCAGCUUGUCUACGGUAAGACUUCUGUUAAAGGAGGAGCCAAGUUCGACGGGGCCUUGCCCGCAGCCGAUAUCAACUGGAAUGAGAAUCUGGGCUAUAUCCAUCCCCAGGAGAAAUUUGGCGGCAACCGUCUGAUUGGAGUUUCCGCGGCUGCUGUUGCUUCUAAGAACGUCUCAGGUGACAAUACAUACGUCUCCCUCCAUGAGAAGUCACUUGUCGACCUUACCAAGCAUGUCAAGGACGGAAAGAUCACAUGGACUGCGCCAACCGAUCACAAAGAGUAUGUGCUAUUUGCACACUACGAGCGCUACACCAACCAGAGAUCCGCAGAUGGUGUGCCCACCAGUGUAAUCGCAAACGGCUCCUGGGUAACAGACCAUUUCAGUGCCACAGGUGCAAAGCUAGCGGCUCAAUUCUGGGAGAAGAACCUACUUUCUACUCAGAUUCGCCAGCUACUGAAAGAGGUCGGCAAGCACACUUGGGAGGAUAGUAUGGAGAUUCAGGCUUCACUCUAUUGGUCUCCAGGUUUCCUUGAUAACUUCAAGACUAAGCGUGGAUACAACGUGAUCAAGUAUCUUCCAUUACUAUUUCACAAGUCUACGUCUUUCCAGGCUGCUCGCGCCCCUUACAACACCACUUUCAUCCUUGACAACAUUCCAGACAAUGGACAAAGCAAGUAUCUCCAGGACUAUCGUACGACCUUGAAUGAAGGCUACCAAGAGUAUUUGCAAGAAUUUGAGAACUGGGCUGAAUCUCUGGGUCUAUCACACUCAUGCCAGGUUGGAUAUGGCGUUCCUUUGGACGUGCUCGCCGAUGUUCCCAUCGUUUCUGUCCCCGAGCUCGAGUCUUUGGGCUUCUUGACGCCUGAUCAGAUGUCUCAGUUUGUCGGUCCCGCGCACUUGGGACGUCGCAACAUCAUCUCCACAGAAAUUGGGGCCGUCUCAGCCGGAGCUUACAGUCAGACUAUCCCCUCCCUCGUCAACCUCUUUCACGAAGCAUUCGCAGGCGGUGUCAACGCCAUGAUGAUUCACGGAAUGACAUACACUGGACAACAACUCGGAUCUACCUGGCCUGGAUUCACACCAUUCCAGUUCAUCUACACCGAAAUGUGGAGCCCCAAGCAACCAGCUUGGAACUACAUGUCAGCGAUGAUCGACUACACUGCCAGAAACCAAUUUGUAUUGCAGAAGGGAGUUCCGAAGAAGGAUCUGGUCUUUUACCUGUACAAGAAUCCCUAUGGCAUGGAGGACCAGUAUAACGGCACCGAUCUUCGUACUCGUGGCUUUACCUAUGAGUACCUGUCGCCGGCCAACUCUGGCUCAAAGGCCCUCAAGGUCUCCAACAAGGUAUUGGACCCUUCUGGUGCUGAGUACCGCGCUCUUGUACUCGACCAGCAACACUUCAUCACUGCCGAGGCAGCGCAAAAGCUUGUCGAGUUGGCCGAUGCAGGGCUCCCAAUCGUCGUCAUUGGAAGUCUCCCCAACACCACCAUCGGAAGCAACGGGCAGGAUAUUGUGUCUAAGAGUGUCGCAAAGCUCCAAGGAUCCAAGCACUCCAACGUCGCCUUCAUCAAAUCAUCUGAUGAUCUAUUUGGCGCACUCGACAAGCUUUCUGUCCAGCCACGAGUCAAGACGGGCUCCGAAGCUGCGGGGAACCUGUACACCGUGUGGAGGUCAGACAAGGGCUCGGACUAUCUUUUCCUCGUCAACCAAGGGUCUUCGGCAACUUUUGAAAUCACGGCUGAAGUUGAACAGGGCAAGGUCCCUUACAGACUCAACGCAUGGACAGGACAGCAAGUUGCUAUGGUAUCUUUCAAGCCGUCCUCGGGCAAGGUCACCUUCGAAGUAUCUUUGAAGAAAGACCAGACGGCGAUUAUUGCGUUCACCAGUAAGAAGUCAAAGACAAGUAUUGUCUCACAGUCUAAGAAUGUCAUCGAUACUUCCUAUGACUCUACUGGCGAUGGUCUCACUGUUGUAUUGGGAGAUACCAAAGCAGCGUCCUUGACUCUAUCGAAUGGACAAACCAAGAAGGUUCCCGCCAUGAGUAGUAGCGACAAGAAGAAGCUCCUCAACAUCGACAUCAGUAACUGGAACUUGACUCUUGAAUCUUGGGUUCCUGGUCCUGACGAGACAAAGUCAGCCUCUAUCAAGAAAGCGAUGAACCUAGGCAUUCAGAAGACAUUGAAGCCCUGGUCUGAGAUCUCUGGAGCGCAAAAUGUAUCAGGAGUCGGUACAUACACAACCACCUUCCAGGUCCCACAAGUCCCAAGCAAGGAUUCCAUCGUCGUACUGCAAUUUGGUCCCGUGCUCAACACCAUUCAAGCAUGGGUCAACGACAAGCAGCUUCCAGCGAUUGACAUUUACGACGCUCAAGUCGAUGUAUCGGAUUAUCUUGUUUCUGGAUCCAACACUAUCCGGGUUGAAGUGGCAUCUACUCUGUUCAAUGCGGUCAAGGCAAGAGUGAAUUAUGUCAAGGCGAAUGGUAUCGGCCCAGCUGCACCUGCCCUGUAUACUUCUGCAGAUUGGCAAAAGCAUGGCCUGGUUGGACCGGUGUCUUUGAAGUCUCUGCGAAAGGUCAAUUUGUAA